UUCAAGUGGCGGAAAAGUCUGAUGAUACUUCGUGGUGCAAGGCAUGUCAUCUCAUCAGAAUGUCUAACAAGUUUACCUUAAAGUGUGGGAACUUCGCGGUGCUAGUGGAUCUUCAUGCCCUGCCCCAAGGCGCCCAAGGAGACUCCAGCUGGUUCUCUCAGCCUCUCAAGGAGGAAGUGAGUGUUCUGAUAAGGGAGGCUGUGGAUCGGCGGGUCAAGCAGUUUGUGGAGUCCCAACACCAACCCCGCCACCAGCAGCAGCAGCAGCAGCAGCACUCCUCCAGGGGCGCCCAGAACAGGCAGCGGACAGAGCACAGCCCCACCAGCCCUCUCUAUGUCAAAGGGCCGGCCUUUCGCCUGGCGGCGUACUUCAUGAAGAGGCACGUCAAUCUUAGGUGCAUCACCAACCGGCGUCACCGAGACUUGCGUGUAUUUCCCGAGCGAUUUGUCGUGUGUGUGAGUCGGCCGGAGGACGCAGUGGCGGCGGCAGCGGCAGCAGCGCUUGGCGGGAACGCAGCCCGACCUAUGGAGGUGGAGGAACAGGGUGGACAAAGCAAGUCAGAGUAUUUUUCCGGACGAGGAGAAACCCUAGACCCAUUAAACAACUCAGCAAUAACAAAGAGGACUGCCCUUCAAAAGAUAGCUAAGCAAGCAAUCAGCAGAGCUGAGCCCAGCAGCAGCAGCAGUAGCCACUCGGACCGGCCGAGCCAGACCAGCAUUCAGCAGCAGGAGGCACUGGGCCCGGCAGCAGCAGCAGUAGUGGCGUCUUCGUCGGACUCUCCUCCUCUGUCUCCAUCUGCAUCCAUGCACCCACUCCCCCCUCCUCCUCCUCCUCCUCCUCCUCCUCUUCUUCCUCCUCACCUUGUCCAGGAGAGGAGCGCUGGGUAUGGGUGCGUGGGAGAGAUCCCAGGGGGCGCUGUAGCGAGUAGCCUGAGGGCGAGCGUGAGCGUGAGCUCCGGGGGCGCCAGCCUGGAGGGGGGAGAAGGUGAAGCGCUGGCGCCUCUCUCCCCCUCUAAACCCAGGAAUGAGCACCACUCGGGGACCGCAGGCCGGGAUGUGGCUGCCAACCCACAGCGGCAGGAGUCCAGCAGCAGCAAGAGCAGCAGCUCCACUACCGCUGCUACCACAACCACUAGCACCACCACCACCACCACCACGAGCACGGCUCCCCCACAGUCGCAGCCAGGCAUGGGGGUCCACAACAACAACAACAUGGACAGUAACAGCAGCAGCAGUAGUAAUGGUAGUGACAAUAGCAGGAGCAGCAGGAACAAGAAAAGGCCCAGUCCCCUGCCACAGGGUGGUGACGCUCAUGUAACGCAACGCUGUAAGCGCCUGCGUGUCGCCGAGCCCCCCGAGGCGACCGCUGAGGUGUCUGAGCGGCCUGGCCAGAGUACUGAGCGGGCCUCACCGCAGAGCUCCGAGCUGGGGCCCUCUCCCUGCCCUCCUCCUCUACUUCCUCAUUCUCGUCCUCCUCUUCCUCCUCCCGCUCCCACGCAGGGACACGCCGGAGAGAGCCGCACGCCGCCAGGGCCAGGGGCGGGGCGUGCCACCCCGCAUGGAAGGCAGGCGAGGAGACUCCCCCUGCGCGUCAGUAACACAGAGCAGAGCGCGGGCCCGAGCGCGAGCAGGCUGGCCACCGCAAGUCUGAGGAGCCUAUCUGUCAAGCCCGUAUCCUCUGGCUCCUCUAUUAGUUCCAGACCCGACGCCAAGGAGGAGAGGGAGAGGGGGAAAGAGCAGGAGGAGAGGAAGGAGAGGGGGAAGGAGGAGGAGGAGGGGAAGGGGAAGGAGAAGGAGAGGAGGGAAGCGCAGGAGGGGAGGCAACAGAGCAGCGCAGCAGCAGCCAGAACAUCUCGACUACGGCGGCCCAAGAAGUCCUGAGGGAGAUGGGAGCUGCAGUAAAGAUGCCUGACGCCACGCAAAAUGGAUGUUGGUGUAUGUCCUUGCACUGCACUCUCUCUCUCUCUCUCUCUCUCUCUCUCUCUCUCUCUCUCUCUCUUUCUCUCUCUCUCUCUCUCUCUCUCUCUCUCUCUCUGUGUCUCGUGCUGCGGUGCACACCCACCCACACACAGAAUUCUCUCCCAGCCAACAUCUAACCUCCCCAACCACCCACCCACCCACCCUGUGUGUGUUUGUGUCUGCGUGUGCGUGUGUGCAUUUGAGACACAAUGUGUGUUUGUGUGUGGAUGGAACACACACACACACACACACACACACACACACACACAGCCCAAAUGUCUCUCAUGCACAAUCAGUAACACACAUAUUCCCUGCCUGUGUCAUAUUACCAACAUCUUUAUGUCUGGAAAGGGAGUCCACACAUGUGAUGCUUCCAAGCGAAUGGGAAAUGAGAAACACAAAUAAAUACCAAUGCACUCACACA